UUAAAAAUUGAUUUUUGAACCACACGCACCUUAUAAAUUUAUUCUUAUGAUUAGAUUAGUCGUAGGUUGUCAACCAAAAGUAUAUAUAUUACUGUAGUACUUAUUAUAUUGGACUUAAGUAAAAGGAAAUUACGCGCAAAGACCACAAAAGAACAAAUCAAACGUUAUUACUGCUUAAAGGCUAAAGCAAAUUAAAAACAACAACAAUGUUCGAGAAAUUGUGGAAAAUGACAAAUUAGAAAGAGAAAACGCGAAUUUUUUUAUCUAAAUAAACAAUUACACAUUUUUAUACUAAACUUACUUUUAUACUCUAUUUUCUCUCUUCUAGCAUUUGAUAGGGUAUCUAGCGCAAAAUCUGUUACAAAUCUCUGUUUUGACGCAAACACUUUAAAAUUCACAUGAAAUUCCAUUGCAACUUCCACUCCAACAGCUGCCACAUGAAAACACAGAGCUUUGUCCGUAUUUCUUAUUUCUUGGUUUCAGUUUCUUCAUUUUACGAUUUCUGUCCAUAUCUCUCUGUUUCUUUAGCUUCUACGUAUACACACACAAUGGAAUCAACGCAAAACCAAGAUCACACUUCCGUUUCAUACCAGAACGUCGUCGUAAUGAGACACGCUGACCGCCUCGACAACUUCGACCCAUGCUGGGCCUCCACGGCCGCCCGUCCCUGGGACCCACCGCUAUUCGAAGCGGGUCGCCUUCGGGCAUUCCAAACGGGUCGGAGUCUCCGAGACACUCUCGGAUACCCCAUUCACAGGGUCUUUGUCUCCCCCUUCCUCCGCUGCGUCCAGACAGCCUCCGAAGUCGUCUCCGCUCUCUCCACCGUUGAUGCCGCGGAAGUCAAGGUGUCUGUUGAAUAUGGAUUGUGUGAAAUGAUGAACAAGAUGGCGUUUCGUAACGGUGUUGCCCCUAAUGAUGGAAAUUGGGGCUUUAAUAUAACACAGCUUGAAGCCAUGUUCCCAACAGGGACACUGAGUAGUAACGCAGAAAGGGUGGAUAAAGAGCUGCCUCAAUGGGAAGAGUCGUUUGAAGAAACACGGGAUAGAUAUGAGCGCAUAUUUAAGGAGCUUGCAGAUAAAUAUCCUGCUGAGAAUAUGCUGUUUGUUACACAUGGGGAAGGAAUUAAAGUGGCUGUAUCUUCGUUCAGAAAAGAUGCCAAAGUUUAUAAAGUUGGGUACUGUGGAUAUGUACAGCUUAGACGCCCUAUUUUGAAGAAAGAUCAAUCAUUUGUUACUGGAGAAUUUGAUGUACUUACUGAUAGUGAUCAAACUGGUGUAAGCUAUAAUAUUACCAAACCCUCUAACCAAUGACACCAAGUCAAAAACAAUGUAAUUAGCUCUAUUUUCAAUCUGCUCUACCUUCUUCAGUGUGUUUCUAACUUUGUAAUUGUAUAAAACUUUUAAAAUAUUACUUUUCAUUUUGUGUCUAAA